AUGGUGACGGAGGGUGUCGUCAACAAUUUGUAUCCCCUGCAGAUGACCAUGACACAGGCGAAGACAGGGCGCUAUCGCAGUGAGCGUCCGGGGUCGCUCGAGUCACCCUCAUUGUAUUCGCUGAGAGACCUUAGAGAGCCUGCGCUGCUAAGGUUGAUGAGUGUCCAAGCCAGCGUCAGCGUGAUUCUCAAGGCUGGCGACGAGGCUAGCGACGAGGCUGGCAAGCGCGCUCGCGAUUUCAAUUUUGCCAUAGAUAGGAUUAUCAUUGAGUUUCCCUCUUUUCAGGACAUCGAUUACGGACAAACAUAUUAA